AUGAUAUUAGAGAAAGCUCUCUGUGACCUAGGUGCUAGUAUCAACUUGAUGCCCCUCUCAAUGAUGAGAAAGCUUGCUAUAGAAGAAAUCAAACCUACCAGGAUGUCAUUGGUGAUGGCUGAUAGAUCAAUCAAGACACCCAAUGGAGUUGUAGAAAAUCUAUUAGUGAAGGUUGGAGAGUUUAUCUUCCCUGUAGACUUUGUGAUCCUGGACAUAGAAGAGGAAGAAAACAACUCAAUUAUCUUGGAAAGACCAUUUCUAGCUACAGCAAGAGCUAUUAUCGAUGUGGAAAAGGGAGAAAUGAUCUUCAGGGUGCACAGUGAGUAA